AUGGACCCCGCAGAGAUUGAGAGGGUAAAACUCGCUCUCACCUCUCAAGGAGCACGGGUGGGCCAACAUGAGGAUGCUCUGAAGGAUAUCACGGACAAGCUGCUCUGCCUGGCCUCCAGCAUGACCCAACUCGACGCCCGCCUGGACCAGGUCUCCACGCAGCUUACCUCUCUGGCGGCUCCUGUUCCCUCUUCGGCUCCACCAGUCCAUCCUCCAGCCCCGACUACUUCUCCUACCCUGCCCAGCCUUCCUCGUGAGCCCUUUAUCCCCACUCCGGUCAGGUAUUCAGGAGAAGUAGGGUCUUGUAGUCAGUUUCUCCACCAGUGUUCAUUAGUUUUUGACCAGCAGCCCUUAUCCUACUCAACCGACAGGUCCAAGAUCGCUUUUGUUAGCAGCUUACUUUCAGGGAAGGCGUCAGCAUGGGCAGUAGCCACAGCUAAUGCUAACUCACCUGCUUGGCAAACAUACCAUUCUUUUUGCUGUGAGUUCCGUAGAGUUUUCGACCACCCACUCCGGGGCAAGGUAGCUGGUAACCGGCUACUCUCCCUACGUCAGGGAUCUCUCACGGUAGCUGCUUAUUCAGUAGAUUUCCGCAUUCUCGCUGCCGAGUGUGGGUGGGAUGAAGGGGCUUUACAAGGGUUAUUUCUGCGAGGGCUCAGUGAGGAACUCAAAGAUGAACUUGCUUCUCGGGAUGAGACCUCUUCUCUGGAGGAGCUAAUCUCCUUGGCUAUCCGUUUGGACAAUCGCCUUAGCGAGAGACGCAGGGAAAGGGCAGUCAGAAUUAGGGCCCCUUCCCUUCGAUCAAAGUCCCCUCGACCCUCUGGUCCCAUGGUACCUUGCCCUCCUCCGGAGCCACCUUCUGCCUGGUCAUGUCCUCGCUCUCUGUCCCUUACGACCAAAAGAUUUGGCUCAUCAACCUCUAGGGGAACGUUGGUGAGCCGAACUUCUGCUGUUCCCCCAUCCUCCAAACGUUUUUCUCUGAAAGGGACUGUUUCCUGGUCUAAAGAGGGCAUUCCUCUCCCUGUCCUAGUGGACUCUGGUUCGGACGACAAUUUCAUAGACUCUGGUAUUGUUUCCCGUUUUGACAUCCCCUCGGAACCCCUUCCUGAACCCAAGGACGUUUUUGCCCUCGAUGGUCGCCUUCUGGCCCAUGUCACUCUCCGAACUAUUCCUGUGUCCCUGCUCCUCUCUGGCAAUCAUCGAGAAGAUAUUUCCUUUUUCAUAAUCCCCUCACCAUCUUCUUCUUUGGUUUUAGGCCUUCCCUGGCUCAAGCUCCACAACCCACACAUAGACUGGUCCACUCUAUCCAUUACUAAUUGGAGUUUAUUUUGUCACUCCCACUGUCUCCACUCGGCCAUUCCCACCACCAUCUCAGCUCCUGGAACCCCUAAACCCAUAGAUCUUUCCUCAGUUCCCCAGCAGUAUCAUGACCUCCAGGAGGUGUUCAGCAGGGACCGGGCUCAAUCUCUGCCUCCUCAUAGACCUUAUGACUGCAGUAUUGAUCUGCUCCCUGGAGCCCCCUAUCCAUCCAGCAAGCUCUAUAACCUCUCCAAGCCUGAAAGGGAGGCUAUGGAGACCUACAUCUCUGACUCUCUGGCGGCAGGUCUCAUCCGUCCUUCCUCUUCGCCCUUGGGAGCAGGUUUUUUUUUUGUAGAAAAGAAGGACAAGACUCUUCGGCCCUGUGUAGACUACAGGGGACUUAAUGAGAUCACUGUUAAGAAUAAGUACCCUCUUCCCCUGAUCGAUUCUGCCUUCGCUUCCCUCCACCAGGCCACCAUCUUCACCAAGUUGGAUCUACGUAAUGCUUACCACUUGGUGCGGAUCAAGGAGGGGGAUGAAUGGAAGACCGGAUUCAACACUCCUCUCGGUCAUUUUGAGUACCUUGUCAUGCCUUUUGGGUUAACCAACGCACCUGCUGUCUUCCAAUGUCUCAUCAACGAUGUCCUCCGUGAUAUGCUCAACCGGUUUGUUUUUGUCUACCUGGAUGACAUUUUGAUUUUCUCCCGCACCCCUGAUGAACAUGUACAACACGUCCGGCUAGUUUUGCAAAGACUUUUGGAGAACCGUCUUUUUGUUAAAGCCGAGAAGUGUGAGUUUCAUGUCCCCUCAGUCAGUUUCCUGGGCUUUGUGGUGGAAAAAGGGCAGGUCAGGUCUGACCCUGCCAAGAUUAAGGCAGUGGUUGAAUGGCCCACUCCCACCGACAGGAAGCAACUACAGCGGUAUCUUGGGUUCGCUAAUUUCUACCGCAGAUUCAUUCGCGAUUACAGUAGAGUGGCUGCACCUCUUACUAAGUUAACCUCUGUCAAAUCACCUUUUGUUUGGUCCCCUGCGGCUGAGGCCGCUUUUACUAAGUUAAAGAGUUUAUUUUCCUCUGCUCCCGUGUUGUGUCACCCUGAUCCCUCUGUCCAGUUUGUUGUAGAGGUUGAUGCCUCGGACUCUGGUGUGGGAGCGGUCCUGUCUCAACGGUCCACCUCUGACCAGAAACUCCACCCCUGUGCGUUCUUCUCCCGCCGUCUCACACCUGCGGAGAGGAACUAUGAUGUGGGGAAUCGGGAGCUGCUGGCAGUGGUGCUGGCCCUCCAGGAGUGGAGGCACUGGCUGGAGGGUUCUACACACCCUUUUAUUGUUUGGACUGACCAUAAAAACCUGUCUUACCUCCGUUCUGCCCGCAGACUCAACUCCCGUCAGGCUCGGUGGGCUUUGUUCCUGGGCCGAUUUAACUUCACCCUCACCUACCGGCCAGGCUCCAGGAACGCCAAGCCUGAUGCCCUCUCUCGCCAGUUCUCUUCCCCCGUUGAAGGUCCUGCGGUGGACACCAUUCUGCCUUCCUCCUGUGUGGUGGGAGCUGCCAGGUGGGAGAUUGAGCAGCUGGUCCAGGAGGCCCUGUCUGAUCAUCCUACCCCGGAGGGUGGUCCUCCCAACCGCCUGUUUGUCCCAGAGCCUGUCCGUUCCCCUGUGCUCCAGUGGGGGCACUCCUCCAAGGUGGCAUGCCAUCCUGGGUUUCACCGGACCCUGGCUCUGCUUCGUCAGCGUUUCUGGUGGCCCUCCAUGUCCGCUGACACUAAGGAGUUCGUCUCUGCCUGCUCAGUCUGUGCCCGGAACAAGUCUUCUCAUCGUGCUCCUGCUGGUCUCCUACGCCCUCUUCCCAUACCCCAUCGUCCCUGGUCUCACAUUGCCGUGGACUUCGUCACUGGACUGCCACCAUCUGAUGGUAACAACACCAUUCUCACUGUUAUUGACCGAUUCUCCAAGUCUGUCCAUUUUAUCCCGCUCUCUAAACUUCCCUCUGCCCUAGAGACUGCUAAUCUACUCAUUCAGCAUGUGUUCAGGCUUCAUGGAAUCCCCCAGGACAUCGUCUCCGACAGAGGACCUCAGUUUUCCUCCAGAGUUUGGCAGGCUUUUUGCCGAGCUGUGGGGGCUACAGCCAGUCUAUCCUCUGGUUACCAUCCCCAGACUAAUGGCCAGACUGAGCGGGCCAACCAGGAUCUGGAGGCAGCCCUUCGCUGUGUUGCCUCUAAUCACCCAGUCUCCUGGUCUUCCCACCUUCCCUGGAUCGAAUACGCUCACAACUCCCUGGUCAGCUCAGCCACAGGUAUGUCUCCUUUUAUGGCUGCUAAUGGCUUUCAGCCUCCCCUCUUCCCUGCUCAGGAGACCGAAGUGGCAGUUCCCUCGGUGCAGGCGCACCUCCAGCGUGCCCGCCAAGUCUGGCGUGAAGCCCAAGCAGCUCUAGCCCGUACUGCGGCUCGGAACCAGAGGUUGGCUGAUCGUCACCGCACUCCUGCUCCCCUGUAUCAACCCGGCCAGAAGGUCUGGCUUUCCACCCGUGAUCUUCCUCUCAGGUCUGACUCCCGCAAACUCUCCCCCAGAUACAUCGGCCCAUACACUAUCGACCGCAUCAUCAACCCCAGUGUGGUGAGACUCCAGUUGCCCCCCUCCCUCAAUAUCCACCCGUCUUUUCAUGUCUCCCUGCUCAAGCCUGUCUCCACCAGUCCUCUGUGCCCUCCGGCCGAACCCCCUCCACCCCCCCGGAUCAUCGAUGACCACCCUGCGUUCACUGUCCGGCAGCUGUUGGAUGUGCGGAAGCGGGGUCGGGGCUUUCAAUACCUGGUGGACUGGGAGGGGUACGGGCCAGAGGAACGUUCCUGGAUCACUCGCUCACUCAUCCUGGACCCUGAACUCAUUAAUGACUUUUACACCAGGCAUCCCGACAAGCCUGGUAGGCCGCCAGGAGGCGUCCGUUGAG